AAAACAAAUCGCCAAAAGAAACCUCGAAGAAGGAGGACUGCUUUCACACAGGUUCAAUUGAAUUAUUUGGAGCGAAAGUUUCGUUUACAGAAGUAUUUAAGUGUCUCAGACAGAGGACAAGUGGCGCUCACUCUGAACCUCACGGAAACACAGAUCAAGACUUGGUAUCAGAACAGAAGAACCAAAUGGAAGCGACAAAACAAUCAACGUUUGGAUGAACUGCGGUCUAAAGUGAUGGACGGAAGUCAAGAGUCAGACACCAGUCCACUGAUGUUCGCGCCGCCGAUGUGUCCGCCGCAGUCUCAGCCAACACUGAGCCCACACCCCAACCCAUACAACUAUUUCAACUUCAAUCCAGUGCUGGCUUUGAGCGGAACGGACGCUUUGAUGCGAACCGUGUUUACGGUUCCCACACAUCGUUUGCAUCACAACUGA